AUGGAUUGCCUUACUCGACUAAAAUAUACUGAAGCUGAUCAAAAAGAAUUGAUAGAAUUUUGUAAACAGAAAUAUAAAGGUAACAAUUUUGAACUCAGUACUAUUGGUGAAUUUCAAGAUGAUUAUUCAUCUGAAAAUGCUUUACGAUGGUAUACGCGAGAAUCAUUUUUUUACAAGACACUUAAUGCUGCUCUUCAUCAGUCAGAUAUUCAUGCAAUAUUUCUUUUUCGUAAAUAUAUUGUUGAUAUUCAACAACAAUUGAAAAAUCGUCAAGUUCGCAAUUCUAUUCGAGUUUAUCGUUGUCAAAUGAUAUCAAAUAAUGAAUUAGAAACUUUAAGGAACUCAUGUGGUCAAUUCAUUUCGAUCAAUUCAUUUUUUUCUACUAGUAUCUAUAAAGACAAAGCUCUUAAAUUUCUUAAGACACCUGAUGAUACAGAAAACUUAGCUAGUGUAUUAUUCGAAAUUGACGCGAAUCCUCAAAUGGCGAUAAUGAAACCAUUUGCUGCUCUUGGAGAAUUGAGCGAAUAUGAAGAUGAAGCUGAAGUACUCUUCAUGAUCGAUACUUCAAAAUCAUCCAAAAAACGUGCUUCCUCAAGUCGACGUCGUUCAAAACUACAUGUAGAACCAAUGGCUGAAAAUUCAAGUAAGUUACACAAAAGUUCAGACUAAACAUAUUAAGAAGGUUAUAUAGAUAUUUUUAUGCGCAUAAGACAUUAAACAUGAGUUUUCGUUUGUUUCUCAACUAGUAGAAAAAUAGAAGAAGAAAAAGGUACGGAAACGGAAAAAUUUCCACUUCCAAUUCGAGUAAAAAAGAAUUUUUAAUUUCAAAAAGUAUUUUCGAAAGUGCAAACAGAAUCAUUGUUACUCUGUAGAGACGAAGCAAUGGAUAAAUUUAGUGGAUUUAUUUACUAGCAAUGGCAAUAGAAUAAUACAUUGAAUUCGUGGGAUUUUAUAGGGACAUUAAACACAUCCCUGGAAGAUAAUUACAAGAGAUGGUAUGUUGACAUGAUUACUGCAGUGAAAGUAUGUGUAGUGCGUUAUCGAGAAAAGUAUAUAAAUCUGAAGGAUAAUAGGAUGUAUGCAGAAUUAAACACACUUGGACCAUAUGUAUGAUACAGUCUCACUGCCAUAGAAGGUAUAGAUGAGAGUACCGCAAGCUUUGUGGUGUUGUCACAAAACGUAAAAGUUUCGAUUGAACGAGAUAAAUUCAGAAGUCGUGAGUGGAUCAUAAAAGACAUGAACAUAGGUGGCGAAGCCAUUAAGCCUUGGAAAGCUCUGGUAUUGACACCAUUUGAACAAAGCCAUAACUCGGUGUUUCUCCAAAAGUAACGUUCAUUUUGAUCUUAGAUGUCAGACAUAGCUAGAUAAUUGUGUCUUCUUCAAAUGGUUUCAUAUAAUACUAAUAACGACUUCUUUAUGUUAAGGAUAAUCAAUGCAUUGAAUGCGUAAAGUUCUUCUAAUUUUCUUCGUAUGACUUUUGAAAGAUUUUGAAAUGAUAAGGAAAUGGUGUGGAUGUUGAAGUAAUCUAGAGAAAGGUUUAAUAAACUACACCCCGCACACUCUGUGACGACGCUAAUACUGAAAGUAUUAUCAAGUUCUUAAAUGAUAACAAGGAUAACUUACAUGUAACCAUUCUUAUUUUAUAGCGACUGUGAGAGAUAGAAUGCUUUAGUGCUAUGGAUGAUACAAAUGUAUAUUUAUGAUUACAAGUGAUACAAGAACGUUUUAACAAAACAUCAGAGUGAAAAGUUUAUAUUAGAGCGUCAGAAAUAAUUUUGUACCUAUGAUUUUUUUCUAUUUUUUUAAGCUAAGGCUUAAGCGUUUUACGCCUAUAUUGACAAAUGUACAAAAGUUUCAAUAGCAUAGCAAUGUUGAUAAUUGUACAGGAAUAUAUUCAGAAAAUCCUUUUUGAAAAAGGUUUUGAAAACAGGUUCUAAAAAUUCGCUUCUCAAUUUAUUUUAAUCUUUCCAUCAUUAUUCAAAGGAAAUAUAUAAAGCCUCCUCUGAAAUGGAAACAUUCUACAGCCUAUGGACAUGCAUAGAGUCAUCUCCACCACACAGCGUAGAUAUUUUCUUUAAAAAAAGUCUACUUGUCAUUACGAAUAAUAUUAGUUCCAUGUAGUGAAUGCGGACAAGUUAUUGACCCACAUGCGCACCACUUUGUUGGUUUUAAUAAUCGACAGUUUCAUGCAGAAUGUUUUACAUGUGCCAUUUGUCAUCGUCAGUUAAAUGGCACUCAUUCGUUUACGGUGCAUGAUGAGAAGCCAUGGUGUAGCGAUUGUGAAACAGAUGUUCAGAUGUGUAAUGCUUGUAGCCAACCUAUUCUAUCAGGUGAUGUAACCAGUGGAAAACGAGCUUAUCACAAUGAAUGUUUUAAAUGUACGAAUUGCCAUAAAUUAUUGAAAGACAAAGUAAUGUUCGGCCAUAAUAAGGAACCGUAUUGUAUGGAUUGCUAUGGCGAAUCGUUUGCCAAACGAUGUGCCGAAUGUGAAAAGCCUAUUCUAUCAUCAAGUAUAGUCUUUGAAAGACGAGAUUAUCAUGUCGAGUGUUUUAAAUGUAUAAAUUGUCGUAAAUUACUACAAAAUGAACCAGCGUUUGACCAUGAUCUACAAUUGUAUUGUAGGCAUAGCGCUGAUCUACUAUUUGCUAAACGAUGUGCCGAAUGUAGAAAACCUAUACCACAUAAUACAAAAUAUACCACCUUUCAAAACAAGGCAUAUCACAAAGAUUGUUUUAGAUGUGCUGAAUGUCAUCGGCCGAUUCUUUCCAAAUCAUUUAUUAAAGAUUCUCGCGGACUUGUAUGCUUAUAUUGUGGUCAUGAAUAAAUUGAAGGAGAAAAGUUAUUAGUAUUGAAGGGUGUGCGUGUGGGGUGGGUCUGGAUGUGGGUGGGGUGUGGGUCUGGGGUGUGAGUGGGGUGUGGGGUGGGUGUAGGUGUGGGUGUGGGUGUGUGGGUGUGAGUGUAUUCUGGUAUUACGCCUACACCCACACCUAUACACCCACACCCACACUCACACCCACACACCCAGCCCCACCCAUACCCAUACCCACACCUACACACCCCCACCCACACCCACCCCGAUUUCAGUCAACUGACCUAUGAUCAUCCCAGAACGCAGCUAGGCAGGGAUAAUUCACCAUGCUAAGUCAUAUGAUGAUAUUUGUUCUUAGAUUUGAACUGAUUUGACAUUGUAUUCUCAAUAUUUUAGAAAUGUUGACUCCUUCGUUGCAAGGUUGAUUAUAGAAUUUCACAAAUAUUUCAGAUAAUUUCGAACCAAGAAACAAAUAUCACCAUUCGACUCAGUACGAUGAAUUGGCCCUAUCUAGCUGCUUUUCUGAAUGAUCAUAGAUCAACUGACUGAAAUCGAUGAUCUUAGGAAACGUUUUAUAAUUCUCGAAUGGAACAAGCUAGAAAUGUCGACAUUGUGUAAAUCGAAAGAGAAGAAUUUUUUCUAUCGAUUAGUUCUACUAAAAGUCUAAAUCAAAAGGAAAAUAGCUUCAGAAUAUCGUUUUCGAAAAAAAAUGAUUAAGAACUGACCUCAUUGGUCAAUUGCUGAUCAAUGAAAUUUCCAUAUACUUCAAUGG